UCACCGGAAAUGGAGGUCCUGUGACAGGAAGUGGAAAAAAAUACGAGAUGGUUAAAUGUAUUUUUACAGUCAGCUGUUAGACUUCAUUACAAUAUUUGAUAUAACCGGCUAGAGAUUGAAAAACGUCCAUCGUAAGGUCAAGGUUUUUUCUUCAGCAUGGAGGAGCCCACAGCAUCUGCCGUCUUCUGCAACAGGAUGCUUAGCAUGGUCAACUCUGAGGACGUGAACGCCAUCAUCCAGGCUCAGAGACACAUGCUCGACCGAUUUGAAAAGACAAAUGAAAUGCUGAUCAACUUUAACGGACUGUCAAAUGUGCGGCUGCAACAGAUGAAUGAGCACUUCAUGCUGCACACCCGCACUCUGGUCGAGAUGAAGAAAGAUCUGGAUAGCAUCUUCCGAAGGAUCAGAACAUUAAAAGGGAAGAUUGCUAAGCAGUACCCUGAGGCCUUGAGCAAUGUCCAUGAGUCACCCAUCUUGGAGGAUGAUGAUGAUGAAUUUGAUCCAAUUCCUCCAAGUGUUGCCACAACAAUCACAACAGAGCAGAGCACAGAUUCCUGCGACACAAGUCCCGAUGUGAUAUCACCCACAGUGAGCAGAUGCUCCGAAGACCUCUCUCAAGAGCCAUCUGACACGCCCACUUCUGACUUCUUAGAGACAGCCGUCCUACAAGAUGAGGGUCCUGACUCUGUGACUGCUGAGUAGGGUCGACAGUUUGCAGGUUAUACAUGUAUUUCUGUCACAUGGAAGUGACAGAGCCUCAUCCUAAACCUCAUAGUGGCACGUCAUGUUGUUUAUUGGAGUGAAUAUUAGCCUCUGUUAUGUUUGUUUUUUCACUGAUUUGAACUCUUUAAGACCACAACCUCAAUAUCUCACAGUGAAUAUGGAUUUUUUUGUGGCAUAUUUAUUUGUCCUAUGCCUGCUUGGCACCUAAAUAAAGCCAAAAUACUUGAAUCUGUAAAUGAAAAAAAAAAGUAUAAAUGCAACUCUGGUCCUGCCAGUGUAUAUUAGCAAAACUCGUAUUGGUACAAUGGUUGUAAGCAUAUUUAUUUGUAUUUUUUAUUUUUUUUAUCUGACCGAGUAAAGACGUUUCUCAAGAUAUGUUUUGAUAUAUCCCUAUGAAACAGUGUAUUUGUAAACAUUGAAAAAUAUCCACAUGCUCCAGAAAAAUGUAAUUCACAUUUCUUGUCAUGGUGGAUCACAAGUCAACGCUUUUGAAUGAAUUAAAAGAGGGGAUUCAAAGAAAAAUAAAGCGUGUAUUCCACAAAGCCAGUGC